UCGCACCAGAUCUCUUCCCCGUCUCAUGGCACUCUCCGCCGCUCGCCGGCUCUCCUCCUCCACCGCCGGCGCCGCCGCCGCCCCGCAGCCGGGGGCACUCUCCUCCCUCUUCGCGCCUCGAAGCAGCCCUAAGCCUCGCUCUCCGCAUUCGGAGCCCGGGGAUGGGCCGCGGGAGCGGAGGAAGCCUAGGCCGAGGCCGAAGCCCCGGCGGCCGUGGGGGCAGGCGGCGACGGCGCUGCUCCGGAGGUUUUACGACGGGGGGUACCUUCCGGGGCCUGACCUGACGACGGCGCCGCAGGUGCUCUCCCCCGACGUCGUCAAGGGCGCGGCGGAGCGGUUCGGCCAUGAUCACCAGGUCGUCGCCAAAUGGUUGUCAGGAAGUGACUUGAAGACGGUUGCAUUGUUUGGUUGCCCAUCUGUUGAGCGAAGAACAGUUUUUGCAUCAAAAAGACUACGAGCUUUCUUUAACAUCCAGGAAGCUAAAACAUGCAGCUCCUGUAAGCUGAAAAAUUCGUGCCAGUUUGUUAACCAGCAAGUAUCUAGGCAUGAUAAAGUGAUCUUGUCAGAUACUAUGAGAAUUGUUACUUUAUUCGUACUGGAUGCUUUCCCGCAGCGACUCAAGGUUACUUCUGAAUUGAGAGCUAGCAUUUGCAAGCUUGUUAAGGACACCAUAAACCUAAGCCAAUGAUUACUAAGCAGGGCAUUGGUAAUCAUAGAAGGUAUUUGUGUAUAUGAGACAGACAUAGCAUUCAUGUUUUUUCUACAUUUUGUUUACAUGAUGCUAUGUGACAAGGUUUGAAACAUGAUUAUAACAUGCUUUCUGGUGCAUUUGAUAGAAUGAUGACCAAAUUUAUUUGGAUGAAAUAGAUGAGGCACAUGUUUUGUUUCCAAAUACUACCUAAAGGUUAGAGUUCUGACCUCACAUGUUUAUAUUGUAUGUAAAUUGUUAAGAUGCCGGUACGUGAACUUGACUGGCUGGCCGUUGACAAUAACCACAAGAUCCCAAGCUCAAAUUGUUUUAAUACACCAUUUGAUUCCUUUUUGUCAGCUCUGCAUAUUUGUGAAGUUGCUUGUCUCUUAAGUAUCUUGUGUCAGCUUGACAAGUGAUACUUCGUAGCUUUUUCUAAGCUCUUUUGCUUUCAAAAGCCGCUGUCUGUUUCAGUAUACGCAUGACCUUAAAUCAAGGAAAACAAAAGGAUAUCUUGUUUCCUAUUUCUUAUGAUUUGUUAUUUCUCUGCCAAUUCAUAAAAGUUUACACACCUCCAACCAUGAUAUUCCAUUUUUUUUAACACUUUCAAAUUCCAACACAUGUAUCAUGUACCCUGUUAUUGGUUACUUGUUUUUGUACU